UCAAAUAGUAUCAUACAGUCUUUGUUUAUUUAAACAACAACAACAACAACAAGUAUUACAGUGAAUUUAUUCGCAAAAAAAAAUUUCAAAAUGAUGAAAUUUGUGAUUGUUGCAUUAUUAUUUGUUGGCUGUGCAUUAUCAGCACCAGCACCAGAACCAAAACCAGAACCAGGUUUUUUGGCUGCUCCAGUAUCACCAGUAAUUGCUGCUGCACCAGCAGUUGCUGUUGCUCAUGCUGUACCAGUUGCAACAAGUUACUCACAUUCAGCAUCAUACAGAGCACCAGUUAACAAAGUAGUUGUUCCAGUUGCUGUACAUGCUGCACCACUCAUCAAAACAACACCAUUAAUUGCUGCAACACCAAUUGUUCAUGCACCAGUACUUCAUGCUGCACCACUUGUUAAAACUGUUGCCGUUCAUCCAGCUCCAGCAGUAUAUGCCAGUGGAUACACUGCCUACAAAGCACCAAUUGCAAUUGUUCACAUGUUUAAACUUGUUGCUUUGUUUGCUAUUAUUGCCGUUAGCAUGGCUGCACCAGCACCAGAACCAGCACCAGCACCAAAACCAGGCUAUGGACUUGUAUCAACAGCAGCAGUAGCAGCACCACUUGCUGUUGCUCAUGCUGUACCAGUUGCAACAUACGCAAACAACUACAACUUUGCCUACAAGACAAAUCCAUCAGUUGUAUACUCUCAAGCUGCACCAGUUGCAUACUCUGCUCAUCCAGCACCAGUUGCAUACUCUUCAUAUCCAGCUCAAUUUGCUUACUCAGCUCAUUCAUCACCAUUGGCUUACUCUGCUCAUCCAUCACCAUUGGCUUACUCAGCAGUUGCCAGAAUUGUGGUAAAGCAUCAUUCAAUCUUCAUUCUUCAAGCAAGAAAGAAUAACUUGAAAAAAACAAACUUAAAAAUGUUCAAAUCAAUCAUUGUUUUGUUUGCACUUGUUGCUACAAUCACCAUGGCUGCACCAGCACCAGAACCAAAACCAGAACCAGGUUUUUUGGCUGCUCCAAUUGUACAAGCUGCACCAGCAGUUGCUGUACACAGUGCAGUACCAGUUGCAACUAGCUACUCAAACUCUUACAAGGUUCACUCUGCUGCAUUAGUUCAUGCUGCACCAGCUGCUGUUGCCUACUCUGCACCACUUGUUCAUGCUGCACCAGCAGCCUAUGUUGCUCAUCCAGCACCAGCUUUCGCAUAUGCCGCUCAUCCAGCACCAGUAUUCUAUCAUCAUUAAAUAACGAUCUCUGGCAAAAUCUAGUCACGAACAAUCAUUUCACACAUAUUUUCGACAACAAAAACAACAAUAUAAAUUUUAUUUUUUUUUUCUUUUUCAAGAUUUUACAAUUCAAUCAUGGAAAAUA